AUGGGGGAGAAAACCUUCGUCAGCGGUCAAUCGUUCCGGAAAAGUGCCCGCAAUUUCUUCGCCAACAAGGUGUGGGCAAAGAAGGCCCCUCUUGGGUUCAAGGUAGCUUUCGUUUCAGAGCAUGAGGGAAUGAAUGGGGUGAAGGGAAGGGUCGGCACUUUCUUCACCUUAUUUAUUUUGCCCAAAGUAGGGCGCGGCUUCUUUUCCUUAAUUGUGUUUUGUUCGUGUCGGGCCGCCAAAUCGGAAACCCAGGCCCCGCACAGGAAUCAAAGGCCACCAAAAGAGGCGCGGCGAGAAUGGUCGCUAGGUUCCGAAAAGAAAAAAGAAAGAAAAAAAAGUUCUUUUUUCUCCGGCGCCGGGAAAAACAAAGUAGGGCGGCAUGGGACCUUUUGUGCUUCUUGGACUUCGUUUUCCGGCGUGGUGGGUCCGUUGCCGCACUUCGGGGGUUCAUGCGGGGCCGGUGGGUCUUGGCGGAUCCCGGCGGUCUUUCUGGGUAUAAGGAUGGUACGGGCUGUGUAUUACCUUUUUUUCACUUGCUAG